UCUCCGUCUGCAUCGGGAUGUCCGAGGAUGCCGCCUGAAUACCAAACACCGCGACCGGAAGGUGCAUUCCGAUUCUUCCUAACACUGAUACAACAAGAAGAAAGUGGUGUAUAAGCUACAAGUUCUUGAAUUCCUUGAGGGAAAAAGAGAAUUGAAUUGGACCAAGCUGAACUAUGUACUCGUUAUUAGGAAUACAUGAUCCACGGAUGUUAUACCACUCUCUCUGUCCCAUUAAUAAUUUUAGAAACCAAAUAAUCUCAACAAUGGCGUCCCAAAUCCUUUUACCACUCUCUCUCACUACAUUCCUUGCAUUCUCUCUCCACCUUCAGCCUGCAAACUCAGAUGGCGCAGUGGAGUUGCCUGUGUUCAUAUUCAGUUGGCCCAACGACAACGGGACCUUCACAGCAGGCGACGCUGCAACCAUCAAAGUGAGAGUUCUUGGGAAUUAUGAGCGUGGAAAAUAUGAGUUUGAUUUUAGGCCAAGUCUCACUGUCAAUGGUAAGAUGGGAAACAGCAGCUUUGUUACUGGGGUUUCUCUGCAUCUCGACGGCGGGAUUGAUGAUUGGUGGAUCAGUUUUAGCCCCAUCAUGGUUGGUGUUUUCAAUGUGCUCAUCAUCGAUGAUCACUUUCGCGUCUUCGAUUCCUCCUUGCAGUUUCAAGUCAACCCAGGGAAAAUGUAUCCGGCAGCAGGGAUGCUGUGGUGGGGAGACGAAGCAGACGAGUUCACAGCUGGAACGAGAGCUCAAGUGUUGAUCCUUCCCAAAGAUGCGUUUGGCAACGACGUGUCUUCAAGCAGCGAAGGAUCAAGAGACUACACUUUCUCAUUAUCCGCAACCACCUCAGAUGGAAUCCCAGCCACUCUGCUCAACGCAUCUCUCCAAGGAUGGAAUCAGCAACAGCACCUCUGCCUCGAGUUCACCGCAGCCACUGCCGGAACUCUGCUCCUCCAAGUACAAAUCGAGAAUCAAACACUGCAUGAAUCACCCCUACCCUUCAUGGUCAAUCCAGGGAAACUGGAUAUCUACCACUGUGUAGCUCGGUUGAAGGUGGAAACGCAGCAUUUCCAGUUGUUUUCGAAGAUGGAAGGCCUAAUACACCAGCAUGAUCAAUAUGGAAACUUGGUUUCCGGAUCAUAUGAAUUCGACCUUGAAGUUUUUGAGAAGGGAACCAAUCUGUCCAUGCCGUUGGCUGAUCUUCUCCUCAGAGACGUCGCACCUGGCACUCAGUCGUUCUCCUUCACCCUGCACGAGCCGGGGAACUUCACCCUCGUGAUAUCAGAUAAGGGGAAGAACACUCUAAUCUCCAACACACCAUAUGAUUUCACUGUGUAUAUAGGUUACUGCGAUGGAGUUAACAGCGUAGUUAAUGGAUCGGGUCUAAAUAGCUCUGUUGUUGGUGAAACUGCUGUGUUUUCGAUUUUUCUGAGGGAUGCUUACUUGUAUCCUUCUCCGGUUCAGCUAGAAUGCCUUCGAGUUCACAUUGUGCACGUGUUUGAUUCGCGGAUUAUACAACCAAUAAUACGAAUAAGGGAGUCCAAUGGCAGCUUAUACUCAGGAGGAUUGAAUUAUGGAGUGAUUGAUUCAAGAAACAGUAUAAAUGAUGAUAACUGGAAUUUCAAGGCUAGUAGUGAGUUUGAUGUAAGCUUCAAACCUGAGAAGAGUGGCGUGUAUGAGAUUCGCGUUUUUUGUGGGAACAUCGCGUUGAAUGGUGGCCGUGCAUUUAGAAAGGAAGCCACUGCAGGGGCUGUCAACGUCUCACUCUCCGGGGUGGUGAGGUUUGCAGAGAAGGUGGCGAAGAUGGUGAAGAAUGAGGUAGUUGUACGCCUCGUGGAUUCCUAUUCGAAUCCUGUGGUUUCACAAGGAUCACACUUGAAAUUGGAGAUAGCUUCAAUCAACAAAUCUGCCUCCACUACAUGGGAUUUUGCUGACAGCAAUAAUGGACUCUACACUAUCAAGUAUCUUGCAAAUGAUGUUGGAACCUAUGAGAUGUGUGCUUCUUACAACGGACAACGCUUUGUGCCUUGUCCCUUUGGUGUUCACGUCUACAACUAUGAGUAUUUUCCUGUGGCCCAAAAUGACACUUUUUCCAUUUGGGAGGAUGAGGCACUUGAUUUUGAUGUGAUGGGAAAUGACUAUUUUGAAGGUGCAAAUGCAAGUGUUGUUGAAUAUUCUAAGCCAAGGCAUGGCUCACUCCUAUUGUAUGGAAGCAUCUUUAGGUACACGCCGUAUAAGGAUUUCUACGGGAGCGAUGAUUUCUCUUACACGAUGUCCGACUCGAAUGGGAACCUUGCCUCUGCUGCUGUCGAUUUGCACGUCGUCUGCAGGCCACCUCGCUUUGCUUCGAUCCCGAGUAGCUUGCAAGCUGUAGAAGACGACGUUACUCCAAAAUUCGGUGGUUUUGCUGGAUUUGAAGUCACAUAUUCUGAUUUGGGUGAAACUAUAAGCGUCACUCUGAGUUCAAAAUCUGGCACAGUUCAGUUAUCUCCGACACAAAUGCAGUUUUGGAGGCCUGAUUGGGACAAACUCUCAGUCCAUAAAAAGGUGGGAUUGUUUGAUGAAUUGAAGGUGAUUGGUUGUGUUGAUGUAGUAAACUCAGCCCUCCAAUCUAUCCAAUACUUUGGAAACCAUGAUUUCUACGGCGAUGAUAUGAUCACACUUUCUUCCGAGAACAGCAAUGGAAGGAACGACGUCGACAUUCCCAUCUUCGUGCAGCCCGUGAACGACGCCCCUGUGAUAAACGCCCCAUCGUUCGUUGUCUUGGAUGACACGAGCGAUGGGGUGCGGAUUUUUGGUGAAAAAUGUGUUGGUGUAGACUUUGUUCACGAUCCCGAUCUUCAGAACUUUCCUGGAAACCAUUCCCGUUUCUUGAUGGUGUUGUCGAUGGAGGUGAGCGAUGGAGUCCUGUCGACGAGCCUCCCUGCGGAGCUCGUCGCCUCGACGGAGGUGAAGAUGAAGAGCAGCUACCAAUGGCAGCCUCUGCAAACAUUUGUUACGAUAUCAAAGCAUUUCAUGGUGAGGGCAAAGGGAAUCAGGUUUAGAGGUGCAAUUGAGGAAUGCAACAGUAUCUUGCAGAAGCUAUCCUAUCAUGAAGGCGCGCAUGGAGCUGUGUUGACAUUGACAGUGAACGAUCUCGGUAACCAUGGAUGCUACCCAAACUGCGAUGAGAUGAUGUCGACGCCUCUCUUUGCUGAGUCGAUAGUAAAUCUCGUUCGAUACAAGCCCAUGAGUUCAUUGGCAGCUCAUAUUUUAGGAUCUGCAAUCGUGGUCGAAUCGAUUGUGGUGAGCUCUCUUGGCUUGCUGCUGCUGUUCUUCAUCUGCAAAUGCGCUGUCGUUUUAGGCCGUGAGAAGAUGAGGAGGAAGACCAAGGAGAUUGAGCUAUUCAAACUUAGACAUUCUUCUAAAGAAAAUCUGGAUAUGGCUUCCGAAAAUGAGAUAUAGUUGCCAUGCAUAUUUGGAGGAUUGAAUUCGAGCUCCAACAACUUCUACUUAUCCAAUCAUUAAUUUGAUUUUAGCUCAUUGCCUCUAACUAUGGUGCACUUGACUCGAUCUAGAAGAUGUUACUAGAAUUUAAAUUGGUAGUUUUUUCCAUAUGUAACAAGUAGAACACAAAUGUUAUUUAUUUUCAUGUUACAUCACAUGUGGAAUUCUCUUUUACAUCAUGAUUACCAACUGCGCUACACUUCAUCGUCA